UGAUUUUGAGCUAAUAUACGAAGUCCUCACCACCAUCAAGAUGUCUAUUUACGUCAUAUGCCUGACAACCAAUGGUGGCCUACCCAUAUUAACCAAAAGAAAAGGAGACUGUGACAAUUUGCCAUUUUCAACGAUUGCCUCAUUGAAUGGCUUUCAUAUGUUCUUCAAAUCCUUGGGAAUCACACUACAUAAAACAUAUGCAGACAAUUGGACCUAUCUGUGGCAAGAUUUCAAUAACAUCAUCACUGUGAUUGUUUGUGCCACAGGUAUUGAUAGCAAUACCUUGGAUCUACUGCCCGAAAUGAUAUAUGGUGCCUUCUGCUUAUUCAUAAGUCGCGAUGAAAUGGCCCAUCCAUCGUUUAUAGAACGUUUAAAAAAGGAAUCCAAACAUUAUCUAGCCAUUAUAGAUGCAAUAUUAGAGGCAAGCAUAAGUCAGUUCCUUGGCUUAUCCAAUUGUCUUUUGUCAAAGGAGAAUUCUCAAAUUUUACAACGAUUGAACAAUGACUUCAGCUCUCAAUGUGGUUCGCUAUUUUGCUGUUUACUGGUGGGUCAAAAACGCAUAGCUGCCGGUACGGAUGGCUGGUGGGAUCUACAUAUUGUAGACAGACAAUUACUGUUGAUUCUGCUUCAAACAAUGAGCUCAUUACAAAAUGAUAUUGCCGUGUAUUUGCCCAAGAAAAGUCCAAAUGUUGCCUACCGCUUCAUUACAAUUCCUGUGUCUUCCAACAAUGUUUUAUCGGUUAUAUGUGGCACUGAGCCGCCAUUGAAAAGUCUUUUGGAUUUGGCAGAGGAUGUAUUCAGAACGGAAUCACCAACUCUACAGAAACUGGAAAGAUACAUACCCUGCGAUGUCUCGGAGAACAUAGAAUUGGAUUCGGGCAUUAUAGGUAUAAUCAUAGCAAAUACCAUUAAUCAAAAGUGUUCGUAUUCGUUGAACAUACAUCACAGGGCAUCGAAAAAGAAGUUCAUAGGAGAUUUUCAAAGCAUGGAUGCCUUAAGGGCAUUAUUUGGUCAAACUCUUUUGAAUAUAAAGUACUUAAAUAGUACAACGGCUUCAGGACGUGAGUGUCAGGUGACGCAUCAACACUGGUCUUCGGACAGUCAUAAAUUUUACGCUCAAAAGGAUGAAUACAAUAACAUAUUUUGCAUACUCUUCACUUCUUCUAUACCAAAACAUGCUAUGAAGUGCAUUGGCAAAAUGCUUUUUGCGAAGAUUUUACAUGAGAAGGCAUUUUGUUGGUAGUUUGAGGAUAAUGUGUGGAUAAGGGGCUUGGCCUUAAAAGUGCCUUUGGGGAUACCAACGCGUGCAUUACUUCUAAAGCAUUAGGUGCGUAAGUUUUUAUCUUUUAUUUGCUGUAUGACAGAAACUUUGGAGAACUUGGGCUAGCCUUUCAAAGUGCCUUAAGGGAUUUCUACGAGUGCAUUAAUUUGAACUGCAAGUGGGAGAUUUUAAGUUUUGCAUAUGCUAAAAUUUUAGCUCAAAUCAUUUCCAAACCCAAUGUUUGGAGAACACAUCACCAAUUUAUUUCGAAUGCAAACAGUCAAACAUACAAGACUCACGAAGACUAUUUAAGUCCAUUGUGAUAUCACAGUAGCGGCAGACCAGGCCUCUGGUAGGAAUCAAAACUCCAACUUGGCUACCGAGCAAAUGUGUGAGUAAAUGUUUUUUUUUUUUUUAAUUUCAUAGCAAGAUUAUUUUAUAUAAAACCCGAUGAACCCGGUCCGCUCCGCUGCGCCUUCUUUUACUUUACAUGAAACAAAAUUAUCCUUUGAAUAUUAAUUUUCGGCAAUUAAAGAGCUUUUAGUGAAUUGCCAUGUUACCGAAGUGGUAUAUCGCUUGACUAACAGCAUAUCAAUAUAACUGCCUUUAUCUGAAUCUGUAUGAUCUUAAUUGGUCUAUGAGUAUGUCCGGAGGGUUGAGGGCCAUUCAUAAAAGACUUUAUUUGAGCCCGAUAUUCUCAUGGGGAUUUUGGGAGUGGAAAGGCACCCAGGGUGGUGGUUGGUGUGGAACCCAAAAACGUGGUCCCGAAUGUGAGUAUCAAUUUCGUGCUCUACUCCCAUAUGCUACCAUUCAUUUGAGCCCUAUAUUGCAAUGGUCGGUAAAAAUAUAUAUGUCAGAUUUAGAUGUGUUUUGGGGGAUGGGGUGGUUGCCCAGACACUUAACCCUGAAAAAUAUAUCAGCAUCGGGUGGUGGUUGGUGUGGAACCCAAAAACGUGGUCCUGAAAGUGAGUAUCAAUUUCGUGCUCUACUCCCAUAUGCUACCAUUCAUUUGAGCCCUAUAUUGCAAUGGUCGGUAAAAAUAUAUAUGUCAGAUUUAGAUGUGUUUUGGGGGAUGGGGUGGUUGCCCAGACACUUAACACUGAAAAAAAUACUCUCAAUCUCAAAUACCAUUCAUUUGAACCUCAUUUUGCCAUUGGUUUAAGGGGAGUUUAUGGGAUGAAAACGUCACCAAACACUUGGCUCCAACAAUUGGUUAUGAAAUUAGUUUUCCAAUCACAAAUACCUUUCAUUUAAGCCACAUAUUACCAUGGUGGGUAAAUUUGUACUUUUUGAGGAAGGGGCGGUGCCACAAAUACAUGGUCACACAUUUGGAUGUCAGAUUCGUAUUAUACUCCUAAAUACCUUUAUUUGAGCCCCAUAUGGGAAACAAAAUUGGUCCCGAAAGUGGGUAUACAUUUUGCGCUCUACUCCCCAAUAACUGUCAUUUGACACCCAGAAGCUCCUAGCCCUAAAAAUUAUCAGCAUCGUGAAAUACUCUCAAAUAUCAUUGAACCCCACAUUGCCAUUGGUCUAAAAAUUGGUUAUCAAAUUCGUUUUCUAAUCUCAAAUACCUUUAAUUAAAAAGAAAGUAUGGGCCCUAAAAACUAUCAUUAGCGAGCUCCACUCUCUUUAAGACCCAAAUUGCCAUGGGGAGGAAAUACGUCCUAUUUGGGUGUUGUUAUGGUGGUAGGACAAUUGGUCCCGAUUGUUGAUAUCAGAUUCACGGUCUAUUCCCAAAUACCCAAAUACCAUUUGAGCCCCAUUUUUCCAUAGUCGACAAACAUGUGCGGUUUGGGAGGUGUUUUGGGCGAUGGGGCGGCCUCUCAGUGACUUGGCUUUGAAAAUAUAUUUUAGAUUCGUGUUCUACUCUAAAAAACCUCUUAUUUGAGUCUCAAAUUGCAAAUGUCAGUAAAUAUUGGGUUGCCCAAAAAGUAAUUGCGGAUUUUUCAUAUAGUCGGCGUUUACAAAUUCGUUCACAGCUUGUGACUCUGUAAUUGCAUACUUUCUUCUGUCAGUUAUCAGCUGCUACUUUUAGCUUGCUUUAGAAAAAAAGUGUAAAAAAGUAUAUUUGAUUAAAAUUCAUUCUAAGUUUUAUUAAAUAAAAAUGCAUUUCUUUUAAAAAAUCCGCAAUUACUUUUUGGGCAACCCAAUACUUCUUAUUUGGAUGUUGUUAUGGGGGUGGGGUGGACCCAUAGACACUUUUCCCGAAUAUUGAUAUCAGAUUCUUGCUUUACUUUCAAAGACGUUUUAUUUGAGCCGCAUAUUUCUACGGUCGUAAAUUUGUCCUCCAAUGUCCAAACACUUGGUCCCACAUCUGGAUGUCAGAUUCAUAGUUUACACUCAAAUACCUUUUAUUUAAGGAACACACAAACAAACACAAAUUGACUUUUAUAUAUAAAAUUUCGUCGAAAUAUGAUUUUCAUAAAAAAAAUCGUCGAAAUUUUAGAAAAUUUCGUCGGUUUUUGAUUUU